AUGGCCGUGAGCGCGGCGGCCGCCCCCGCCGCCGAGCCGCUGCCCCGCAGCAUCUUCAAGAAGUUCCUGGUGAUGCUCUGCUCCCUCCUCAUGUCCCUCUACGUCUUCUACUGCCUGGCUGACCGCUGCCAGACGCUGCCCGGACCCAUCAUCGCCGCCGGCGCCGCAUCGGAGGAGGACGAGGGCGGCGGCGGCGAGUUCCUGGGCGGCUCGGCCGAGCUGCCCCCCUGGCAGGCGGCGGCGGCGCGGCGCAAGCGGCUCCUGCAGCGGCUCAAGCAGCGGCGGCGGCGGCAGGAGGCGGCGCCGGGCGCGGAGCCGCCGGCCGGGGGCGGUGGGAGCCGGGCCGGCGGCUCGGGCGGCGGGGGCGGCGCGGCGGGCACGGCCGGCACCCUGGCUCUGCUGCUGGGCGAGGGCAGCAAGCGGCUGCCGCAGGCCAUCAUCAUCGGCGUCAAGAAGGGGGGGACGCGGGCGCUGCUGGAGUUCCUGCGGGUGCACCCCGACGUGCGCGCCGUCGGCGCCGAGCCCCACUUCUUCGACCGCAACUACGAGCGGGGACUCGCCUGGUACAGGGACCUGAUGCCCAGGACGCUGGAGGGGCAGAUCACCAUGGAGAAGACCCCCAGCUACUUCGUCACCAAGGAGGCCCCAGCCCGCAUCUCCUCCAUGUCCAAGGGCACCAAGCUCAUCGUGGUGGUGCGGGACCCCGUGACCAGAGCCAUCUCGGACUACACCCAGACGCUCUCCAAGAAGCCUGACAUCCCCACCUUUGAGAGCCUGACCUUCAAAAACAGGACUACGGGCCUGAUCGACACCUCGUGGAGCGCCAUCCAGAUUGGCAUCUACGCCAAGCACCUGGAGAACUGGCUCCUCCACUUCCCCAUCGGGCAGAUCCUCUUUGUCAGCGGGGAGAGGCUGAUCAGCGACCCCGCGGGGGAGCUGGGCAGGGUCCAGGACUUUCUGGGCCUCAAGAGGAUCAUCACGGACAAACACUUCUACUUCAACAAAACCAAGGGCUUCCCGUGCCUGAAGAAGGCGGAGGGCAGCAGCAAACCCCACUGCCUGGGGAAGACAAAAGGCAGGACCCACCCUGACAUCGACCAGGAGGUGGUGCAGAGGCUGCGGGACUUCUACCGGCCCUUCAACAUGAAGUUCUACCAGAUGACAGGGCAGGACUUCGGCUGGGACUGAGGCUGAAAGAAAUAAUUUAAGAAAAGG